CCUUAGACAGCUCUUCCCAUGCCCGGCAGUUUGCUGCAUCUGGAGGAGCUCUCUGGAGAAUCUCCAACCUCGGAGCGGGCCUUCAACUACCAUUCUACUAUCUUUUAAGAAGCAAACCUUCAAGACUUGGAGUACACAUCCUGCACCAGAGGCCCCACAGCCCUGGACAGGCCAGAGCAGGGGGCCAUGAUGCUUCGGACCUUCACUCUCUUGCUUGGUUGCAUUUGGCUCAGUCUAGGUAUGACCUCAAUGGCAGAGGAGUCUCAACCAGAGCUUUGGAUAGAAUCCAACUACCCCCAGGCCCCUUGGGAGAACAUCACACUUUGGUGCAGAAGCCCCUCUCGGGUAUCCAGCAAGUUCCUGCUGCUGAAGGAUAACACUCAGAUGACCUGGAUCCGUCCUCCUUACAAGACCUUCCAAGUUUCAUUCUUCAUAGGUGCCCUUACUGAGUCCAAUGCAGGUCUUUAUCGGUGCUGCUACUGGAAGGAGAAAGGCUGGUCGAAACCCAGUAGAAUUCUAGAGUUAGAAGCACCAGGCCAACUUCCCAAACCCAUCUUCUGGAUCCAGGCAGAGACCCCCCCUCUUCCUGGAUGCAAUGUUAACAUCCUCUGUCAUGGAUGGCUUCAGGAUUUGGUAUUUAUGCUGUUUAAAGAGGGAUACACAGAGCCCGUAGAUUACCAAGUCCCAACUGGGACAAUGGCCAUAUUCUCCAUUGACAACUUGGCACCUGAGAAUGAAGGGGUUUACAUCUGCCGCACUCAUAUCCAGAUGCUCCCCACUCUGUGGUCAGAGCCCAGCAAUCCCCUGAAGCUGGUGGUGGCAGGUGGGUGUGUCUAUGGCUGCUGGCAUCUGACAAUUGUUAUCCCAGGGAUCAUGGCUGGUUGAGCAAAAUUUAUGAUAUUACUUGCCUCAGCCAGUUUCUAGGCCCUGCAAGAUUGGUGAGGCAGCCAUUUGACAUGUUCCUGAGCUCCAAAUUAGAAUCACACAUACUUUAAAGCAGAUAACCCUUUGGCCUGUUUGUGAGCCUAGCCAUCUAUUCAGUAGCUUCAUCUUAUCACAGGUUUGUUGUUCUUUACUUGUAGAUUACUGUUUAUUCACUCAUUCAUCCAAUAUUUAUUGAGCACCUAAUAUGUGCCAGGCAUUGCCAGUGCAGUCUUAAAAAUGAUUCCUUAAAAAUUGAAGUGUAUUUGUGGUGAUUAUAUUUAAGGGUGUAAAGUAGAAUGAAUCAUUAUUCUUACUGAUGAAAAAUAAACAAAUGACAAAGAAAUUGAUAGUUUAUAUUUUAGAAAUGGCUUGAAAGAUUACUUUGUCCCAUAUCAAUAGAGCCAGUAAAGGCAGCACCAAGCUCCAAACACAGAAGGAAACUCCUCCAAAGGUCCAAAUACUAGUCACACACUCCAGCUUCAACUCCUCUAUCCCAUGUCCUGGAUAAUUCCAGAUGGAAUUGUCUACAUUUAUGUAAUUUCCACAGCAAGCAACAUAGAUCCAGGGAAAUUGUGAUGCUACAGAAAGUACCCAGAUUCCUAGUUCCAUCCGUGACACUGCUUCCCUGUGUGAUGUUGAGCACGUCAUGUCACUUCUCUGUGCUUCUGUUUUCUCCAUUCUAACCCAGGAUAACAGUAUCUGUCCAAUCUAUUGUAUAAUGCCACUCUGUGCUUCAGUUUCAUGAUCUGCAAAAUCGGUAUAAGAGUAAUGCCUACCUCACAGGGUUGUUGUGAGGAUUUACCUACAUAACAUGUACAGUGCCUGGCAUAUAAGUUCUCAAUAAAUGGUAGAUAAUAA